AUGUCUGCACACGACAGAAAAGCGGAGCUAGAGCAAAAGAAAUUGAAAUUAGCGGCUCUCCGUGAGGGUCGUCUGAAACGGGAAGGAAAGCUUAAUGACCUCGUUCAUUCGAAUUUUAAAGUGAACGCAACUCCUGCUGGGGAUGCCGAGGCUAUCCUGAGAGAUUUCGGUCUUUUAGGCCCACUAGAUUUGAACGGCAAGCCCAAAGUUGAUGAACCCGAGAUUCAUGAGCGUCCCAAGAAGUUAACUGUUCAUAAAGUAAAUCCAGUCAAUAUCAUUCCUCAUGAAAUUGUCACCUACUCUAAAAAUACGCAAACGGCCCUUGAACCGAUAUGCGAAACUCCAUCUGUCACAAUGGACACUUGGACGGCUGCGACCCCAUUACCGCAUAUGGGUUCUCCUAAGGGUAUGACCAGCCUGGAAUGGGACGAUGACAUUUUGGAAGCGCUCCCCUAUGACGACGUUGGUCCCCUUCACGGAGAAGGUGCCCACUUCUUCAAAAAUUAUGAUGUAAAUACGCCGUCUAAGUUCUUUCGUUCGGAAUCCCCGCCCAACCCACCCUUCUGCAUUGUUGACCUCUCCUGUCGAUUGGACACAGUAGAGGAUUGUCGUCUGGCUUGCGGUUAA